AUGGCGAAAGGAAAGAAGAAAACACUGCCUGUGGCGAGUACGGAGCUCGAGCCAAAUGGGCAACAGCCUUCGUCCUCCCGACAACAUGCCGAGUCAGCUCCAACAGGGCUAUCUCAGAGGUCCCGGAGCCGAGGAGAUCUAGUCAGCCAGAAAGCAAUGAUGUGUCGAGCCUUCUCGAUAACUCUAACCAGGGCUGCAAGGAAUUGGUAUCGACAGCUGAAGCUGAGAUCGAUCAGCAACUUCGCCAAGCUCAGCAGACUAUUCCUAACCCAGUUCAUUGGGGGCAAGAAGAGUCGGAAGCCAUUAACUCACCUGCUUACAUUAAAGCAGGGGAGCAGAGAGUCGCUGAAGGUCUUUAUCUCUCACUUCAACGAGGAAGCUCUCCAAGUGGACGACUAUGACGAUAAAAUGGCAUUGUCCGUCAUGAUUAGCGGACUCAAGGAAGGAAAGUUCUUCUUUUCCAUAAGGAAGAAUCCACCGACCACCUUAGCCAAGCUCAUCAACCGAUCUCAGAAGUACACAACCGCUAAAGAAUUCUUCAGCUCACGUAAAAAUGUCCAAGCCAUAGAGCAUUCGUCUAAAGGGAAGAGGCCGAGGGACGAUGAGCUACAGUCGCCUAACAAGAGAUCAGAUGACAGAACCUCUCAAGAUCGAAGGCCGAGCAGGGAGCCCGAGAACUGUGUUGAUCUGAAAGAAGAAAUUGAAACCCUCAUCCGCAAGGGUCACUUACGUCAAUACCUGAAGGAAGAGAAACCAGCUCAAAAGGAUGAUCAGCCGAGUAGGCCCGUGGAAGAGGCUGCGAAAAUCCAGACAAUUUAUGGCGGUCCCUCUGGAGGUGGUGACUCGAAUAGGGCCCGUAAAGCCUAUUUGAGGAGUUCCGACCCCGAGCACUACGUCCACUUGACAAAAAGGCCGAGGAAAGAGCACCGAGUAAGCCCUUGCAGCCUUACAUUCACAGAGGACGACGCACGCGGAAUCUAG